GUUCAAUUCUUCGGUUUGUACGGAAGGGACGUUCGAAGAUAUUACAUCAUUAACAAGCAAUUCCCUGCUUUAAAAUGUAUUCCUUUGUGGUCUUUUAUCAUGACAGAACGUAUUUUCUAAACGUUUUUGCCAAAAAGAGAGGAAUUUAGAGAACCUGGAUCGCUUUUACGGCCAAGAAAUUGCUAACACACUGCGAAAGCGUAGAGGAGAUUCCCCUCUUCAAUACAGGUAUGAGCCGAAUUCGCGAAAUCAAUCGUCUUUUAAUUGUACUUGCUUUUAGUCUUCUCGUUAUUAAUUAUUUCGUUUGGUUGACCUAUUUGAAAACUUACCUCGUAAAUGAAAUGUUCUUGACAAGCUAUACUCCUUUUAUGGCCAGUGUAAAACAGAGACACAUUGGCGCUGAUCAUCUAAAAUGUUUCACCGCGUUCCAAUAUUUUGUUGAGCCUCUUUUCGGAAGUUCCGAACAUUUUUUUUUGCGAGUAGGAAUUUGCCUGUACCUGCGAAGAAUAUUUAGCGUUUCUCAUACAGGUUAAAAAAGUAAAAAAUAAACGUGCGAGUGCGAAUUUCACAAAAGUAUUCGCCGCUUCGAAGAAAACAGUCGAUGGGUGGUUGUAAAUUAAAUAUGGCCGUCAAUAUAUCUUCCUGUGUAUGAACGUCAUUGCUUUUAUUUUAGAAAUUUUCCUUUUUUCGUUUGGAUUUGAUAUAGUUUGUUUCACCACGUAAGAUCAACAUAGAAAGAUGUUAUUUUAAAACUGAAAUUUGCAGAAUUGCCUCUUUUAGAUCGUUACAUUUCUUUUUUCCUGCAAUUUUUAUGUCGUUGACCGUGUAUACGGUGCCCGCGCAAUUUGCCUUGGGCAGCUGCACCCAAGAAAUAUAAAAUUCCUCGUUCUAAAGGAAGAUUGUGAGCAAUUUUUAAUUUUUUAUGCACACUUAAUACGGUGGAAAUCUUAAAUUAUCUCUUGUUUAACAAGAACAACAAAUAUUGUUUUGCCUGGGUCUACAGUUUCGUGUUGGAACAAGUUUUGCUGUAAUAAUUUCAAUAAUUUGUAGAAUAGCAUUUGUCACUAUCAGUCAGAGUUAGCUGAAGGGAGGGGCUAAAUUUUUUUAAUACUGUACCUUUAAAGAGUGAAAAAAAGACACGAUUUUGAUGACUAGUGAAUUGAUAACCUCAACUGUAUGGGUUUCUAUAUAACAUAUCAUAACGUAAUACCCAAGAACCACUUGACUAUUAAAGCCACCAGUAAAUUUUGUUGAAACCAAGCUUAAAUGAAUAUUUUGUUCUUUCAUUCCAUAAACUGUCAAAGAAAUUAUUUAUAUUAAAAGGAAAAAGAUUUUUUAUGGCAAUUGUGCCUAAAAACAAUUAAUGUGUGAGUGUGGCUGCAGCCUGUGGUCAUCUUUGCCAGAGACAAAGAAACAACUGGAAAUAAAUCUGCAUUCACAAGCUAGUGCAUCUGUACGUAUGUACACACACGCACUUUAUUGUUUUUACCAUGAAUUUACAAAAUUUGGCAUGCCUACAGCAAGCAGUGGCCAAUCUGGGCGGGUCAUGCAAAUUACAAGGAGUCAGGGAGAAACAUACUGUAUCUUGUUUGUCUUUCUCUUUCUCUAGAAAUAUUGGGGCUCAAGUAUGUCAUAUACAGAAAUCAAAUAAGGUAAAUGUAAAUGUAGUUUUAGAGCUAGAAAAAAACCAAGAAUCCAGAUGGAGUUCUGGUGAUUUAGUUACUGUGUGGCAUUAAAUUUUUCCAAGAGUUUGUAAUUUACAAAUGGAUAGUUUGUUUGUGUUGUGCAGGUAGUUACUUUUUGUAAUUGGCAAGAUUGGCUUUUCUUGCUGGGAAUGAGUUUUGUCAGAAAAGUACUAUAAAUCCUCUAUUGAGCCCCAAAAGAGACAGGGGGCUUAUUAAAGAAGAGUGGGCUUAUUUAAUUUAGAAGAGACGAUGGUAUCAGUUCUCCAUAAAGAACUAGAAUACAAAGGGGAAAAUAAAGCUCAAGUACAAGAACAUUGGAGGUCUUGCAGCCGAGGAUCAGAAUCAAGUCCAAACUUCCAGUUGGUAAUUUAACAAACCAUCCCUGAUCAGUCCACACAAAGUUUUACUGUCUUAUUGAUCAAUACAGUCNGGGGAAAAUAAAGCUCAAGUACAAGAACAUUGGAGGUCUUGCAGCCGAGGAUCAGAAUCAAGUCCAAACUUCCAGUUGGUAAUUUAACAAACCAUCCCUGAUCAGUCCACACAAAGUUUUACUGUCUUAUUGAUCAAUACAGUCCAUCAAUAGUGAAGAAUAGUUAAAGGAGGAGAGGAGGGUUUAUUAACUUUCUUCCCUCGAAAAGGGGAGGCCUACUAGAAUAGAGGGAGGGAGCUUAUUUGAGAGGGGGGCCUAAUAGAGGAAUCACGGUAUUUAAAACAUUUGUUAAGCAAGUAUGUGAUCAACAUACCAGGGAAACAACAUCAAAGUGUGAAAUAUGUCACACGUAAAAAUUACUGUGAGCAGUAGUGUCUGAAUUGUUGAUUGCUCUGAUUUUUAUGGGUUUUCCACUGUGUCAAGCAGAGUUCAAUUUCACAUAGUCAAAAUUGUCUUUAGCUGUUUUCAAACCUACAGUGAUACUAUUAUUCACAAAUUUUCUAACUGAAUAUUUUUUUGCGGUUAAAGGUAUAAUUAACAGUUUUUCAGUGAGGCUGAGUAUGACAGCCCCAAAGAUCAGCAUACAUUAUUCUUCACAUCACACAGAAGCUGAAUUCAAAAAUUGUUGUAUCAUCCAUUCAAAAUUUUUCUAAGUUCCUAACAAACUUACUUCCUUGUAGACGUUCUUCAAAACUGUGGCCUAUCUCUUGGCAUAAAAAGUAAUUAACAUCCAUUGAGCAAUAUGUCUUGCAUUUCUUCUGUGCAGUUUUAGUCAGAAAUUUAGCUAUUUCGUCUUUGGAUAGCCAUGAACGCCAUUUUUAAGUUCACCAUUACCAUCAAUCAAUCUCACUUCCUGGCAAGUAAACCAUCGAAUCAAUUGAUCAUGAAAAAUUAGCCAGAGGAUUGGAGCCAAUAAGAAAAGGCAAAAUAUUUUGAACAAAUAACAACAUUAGAUGUCAUAUCACCUCUAAAUGUUUCUUCCUUUCACAUUAAAUAUUAGAGUUUAUUGACAGUAUUCUGUGUGUUGUUAUUUUGUCAUGUAGGUUUUAGCAUGUCAGGAAAAGAGGACAGCAACAAUCCACUACCUUUUAACAUGGACAGUUCUAUGAAUCCAGCAGGAAUGUUUGGUUUUAUACCCAUGCCUGUCCCAGUGUUUACUCCUCCAGUGAUGCCUGUAAGAAUGAUGCCACCAUUCUGGCCUCCAAACAGUGGCUCUUUUAUGCAGCAAUACAUGGAAGCUAUGAGCUCAGGAAUGGCACAGGUGAUACACCAAUCCAGUGUAACUCGAAAUGAGUCAUCAACUAGAGCAAUGUCAAAAGGGGAUACUACUUCUGUGCAUGUGGCUGCACCAGUUAGUACGACUACUGUAGAGAAUGUAAGCAGUGAAAGUGCACAGAAUUCCCUAGCAGGUCCCAGCAAAAGAACCAUUGCUGAACAGCCACAGUUUCCUCACCCCAUGUUGUAUCCCACGUUUGGUGGAUUUGUGCCAUUUGCACCAUACUUUCCCUAUUUUAACAUGCCAGGGAAUGGAUUUGCCAACAAACAAAGCAAAGAUUCUGAAAGCCAAUCCACACAAUCCCAACAGAUUAAGGACGUCCAAGGUAAUGAUGAGUUCGAAAAAAAGAACACCAAAGAACAGCAACCACUAUCUGAAUAUGGAACAAAGCGAGAGGACAUUUUAGAAAGAAAGCCAGUUGUGAAGUCUUCUGAAAUGCCUCCAACGGACAGUAACAAACAGGAAAUCAGUGAGGAAAACUCUACAGAAAUGGAUGUUGCUCAAAUUCUCAUCAAUUUUAUGCCUGUGCCCAUUAUUGGUGGUGUUAAACAGGACAAAACACAUUAUCCUGAGAAAAAUACUGAUGUUUCUGCCAAAGAGAAAGAAAAUCAAACAAAUGAAAAUGUUCUUGGUUCUACUCCUACAAAUGUAAGUAAAGAAAGCCAUGUUGCAGUUGUCCAAACAUCUUCGUUUGACAAUGCUAAACCUGAGAAAGUCAAUUCAGUACCAUAUGUAGCUACUUCAAGCAGCAAGUUAGCCACAGCAAAGGAUACCUGUGGAAGUGCUUCUCUCAUUAUGAAAAAUGCUACUCCAGAGGGAGUGGAAGAAAGUUCCAAAACACCGUCAAGUGUAAAGAUGCCAGAAAUACAAUCAUGUAACAAUAAUUACCUCCUAAAUGGUAAUUCUGCAGUGUGUGAACGUUUCACACAAAAACCUGAUGUUGAACCGAGUGACUCCGUGUCUUCCAACUCUGUUAUACUUCUGGUUUCUUCAAACAAUAAUUAUGCUAAUAUAACACAGGCUACCCAACCAAGUACAGAAACAUACAUGUACAUCAAGAACAAGUCUCAGAAGGAUAUCCAUGUAAAAGAAGAUAAAGUAGUCGAGGUCAUAGAAACAUCUUCCGAAUCACAGGAGUAUGAACAGAGAACUGUUUUAAAUGAUCAAAAUGUGAUUCCCACAGUUGAUGAUCUUCUCAAGGGAGAUUUAGGAAGUGACAAGUCGGUGUACAAAUGUGAAGUGUGUGCGCAGCUGUUUAGGAGUUCCCUUGGUCUUCAGAAACAUCUAGAAUUCCACAUGGAUGAUGGACAGCAUUAUACCUGUACAAUUUGUUUUCAGCCAUUCAGAGAAGCAAAAAGCCUUGAUGACCACAUUGCCCUUCAUAUGAGGAACCGACCACACAAAUGUACUUUUUGCCCCAAGGCUUUCCGAGAUCCUGGCUCUCUUCAAAAGCAUGUCCGUGUUCACACUGGUGAAAAGCCAUACAAGUGCACAAGUUGUUAUCAAUCGUUUGCUGAGUACAGCUCUUUAAGAAAACACCUACGUGUACACACUGGUGAACAGCCAUAUCGCUGCCAGUAUUGUGACAAAGCAUUUUCAAUCUCUGGAAAUCUUCAAAGACACGUGCUUAUACAUACAGGUGAAAGGCCUUACAAGUGCAGCUUUUGCCCAAAAGCUUUCAAUAAUCCUAGUCACCUGAGAAGACAUGUUAAAAAUUUACAUUUUAAGGGUGAAGCAACCACUGGUGUUGUUGAAGAUAUGAUAUCAGCUAUCCACGGUGAAGCUACUGCUCAAGUUAAAACCUCUUUAAGAGUUGAUCAUGAGGUGGAAACAGAGGGACAAAGAAUGGAAAUUUCUCAGGAGGAGGAAUCAGUCAUGGUAAAGUAACUCUUUUGAUCCUAAACAUUGUGGACCAUUUCAGAUCUGCGGNGAACAGCCAUAUCGCUGCCAGUAUUGUGACAAAGCAUUUUCAAUCUCUGGAAAUCUUCAAAGACACGUGCUUAUACAUACAGGUGAAAGGCCUUACAAGUGCAGCUUUUGCCCAAAAGCUUUCAAUAAUCCUAGUCACCUGAGAAGACAUGUUAAAAAUUUACAUUUUAAGGGUGAAGCAACCACUGGUGUUGUUGAAGAUAUGAUAUCAGCUAUCCACGGUGAAGCUACUGCUCAAGUUAAAACCUCUUUAAGAGUUGAUCAUGAGGUGGAAACAGAGGGACAAAGAAUGGAAAUUUCUCAGGAGGAGGAAUCAGUCAUGGUAAAGUAACUCUUUUGAUCCUAAACAUUGUGGACCAUUUCAGAUCUGCGGUUUAGACAAGGCUCCAGCCAGACUGCAAAAAGAAAUAAUUCUUGAAUUCAAGUACUGCAUUUGUAUGUGUAAUCAAAGGGUGACGAGUGAAAUUUGGGAAUAAUUUCACGCGCAUUUUGUCCAAGUCCUUAUUAUUAGGAAUUGGACAAAACGCAAGUGAAAUUAUUCCCUAAUUUCAUGAGUAUACCAUUUGAUUACCUAUUAAUAUCAUGGGUGACGAAUUAGGUUAGCAAUCUUGGAUUUUGACAUGUUUAUCCUGGAUCGUAUCGAUCAAGAACUUCUGCACUCUCUCGAACGUUUAGAGCUUAAAUUUGGCUUAAGUUCAGAGUUUUUCGACAAAAUACCUGUUAGAAUCGUUCUUGAUGUGCUCUUUCAUGUGUUCAGGUUUUCUAAAGCGUCUUUUUUGCCCUGACAUCUUCAUUCAUGACAUUUUAAAACUUCGUUGCCAUCUUGACACCGAGACGUACGGAAUGUUGCCAUGGCAAUUUUGUAAUUUCACAUGUGAAAUUACAAAUUAACACUGAAAUUGCACGCCAAAAUUAAGGAGUAAUUCAUCACCUAUGAUAUUAACAAAAUAACUAUACAGGUGAAAGCACCUCUCUCCUCCACAGAGUUUCAAAGAGGCUUUUCUUUUCCGAAGUUUCGGUUGUCGGCAGUUCACAUUUUCACUCACUUUAAACAGCCCUCCCCUUCUUGUGUAGCCUGCAUGGCAGGCACCUGCUACACAGGGUACUUUUGUGGUGGAAAGGGGCUGUGUCACAGCAGGCUAGUUUAUUUUCUUUAUAGUGCCAAUUACACCUCCUUAUUCACCACCCAGCUUGUGAGAAAUUACUUGUGAAUGAUGAAAUUGCACAGCUUUUCUCAAACAAAAUGUCUCCCAAACAUUAUUUCAAAUGCUACAAACAACAAAAUGAUGCUAAAAGGGGCCAAAGUGAUUGCAGCAAGAGCACAACCUCCCGGCAAAGACAAUGUUCAAUAAAUUUCUAAUUAACAAUGUUUAUUAAAGAAAAUAUAUUUAAGUAACAAAGCGCAAAGUACCAUUUGACACAUGUUUACAAAAGAAAAAAUUCCCGGACAGAAUGGGAGGCUGGCCACCCCCAAAUCCGCCCUUGCUUGCGGUUUCCACUGUUGACACAGGUCCUUUGAAUAACAUCCCAUCAAACCUCUAUGUAGGAAAGAGCUAGGAGAUUAAGUACACCUCACAAGCUUUCAAUUAAUUUGAGUUAUCUCAUUUAAAGAUCUUAAACUCAAAUUCAAAUGCUACAACCACCUCACAUUUUGGACCAGUAUGUGUGUCAGGACGACAAGUAAAUUAUUGGUGCAACAUUACAUAUCCUGUAAAUAACUGGAAAUUACCUUGACUGAUUGUAUCCUUAAAUUACAUUAUAAUAAAGCCAUGAGCUACAGAUCAUACACUGGGGGUUAAAAGAAAAUCAGAAUCGUUGUCAAUGAGUGAAAUAGCCCUGGGGGUUUACAUAGGACUCUGUCAUAAAACUGAUAUGGGUGUUUGCCAUCAAUUUGGGGGAUCAAAUUAAUUUUAUGGGUAGGUACUGUUUAGGGUGCUAAAUUCCAAAAUCAAUGUUCUCUGCAAAGUCCUGCAAUAAGUGCGAGGCUGUGAAGUGUAGAACAUACCCAUAAAAUUCCGAAACUAAGCCACUGGGCUUAUAUUUUUCAAAUGCCCUUUUAGGGGACUUGUAUAUGGAGGGAAAUUUGUGUUUCAAAAUCGGCUAGGCUAAUACUGGGAGGGAAAUUUAUGUUGCAAAAUCUAUUGGGCUAGCUUAUGGUUGGAAGGAAAUUUAUGUCAGUAAUGUUUUUACUGAAACUUGCCUUGAGGACAUAGAUCUUACUAAAACUCAGCUAUGCAAGUACCGCAAACAGUGACAUACUGUGACACUUUUUGAGUGCUAUCAUUUGGCACACGUAAAAGUUCUUUGCCAAAUGCAAGAAUUUACAUGUUACUGUACAAUUUUUGCUUUGCUUUAUUUCCAAUUUGAGGGUAAUUUCCAAGGAUAAGCCCCAGGGGCUUACAUUUAGAGGGGCGAUUUAAUGGAGGGUUUUUGGGGUUACAAGUUUGGAGGACAAAUAUUUGGAGCGCCUUCUACAUGGAGGGGCUAUGGCAAUGAAAAAUUCCAAAAUCGUAAUUCAAAAGAGGGGUUGUGGUCACUUACAAAGGUGGUUGCUUACAAGAGGUUUCAACAGUAGUGAUUUCAAUGGGAAAAUUUUGGUGGUCACUCAUGGAAGGUGUCACACGUGGACGUUCCACCAUAAUUAUUUAACUUAAAAAUUUGGGUUAAAAUCUACACGAGGCAUGUUCCUCAUCCAGCCAUGGCCCUAAAAAAAGGGAAAUGAUUCCUAGAAAAUAACAAUAUUACUUUCACGAUAUUAUUAGUGUCAGGAACUUUUUAAAAUGAUUUCAAAAGUAUUGUGGUGAUCAAAGUCUCUUGUUUGGGCAUUUCUUCCAUUUCAGAGUAUACAAGAUUCUAAAAACUGAGAUUUUACCAUUAGCCACCUGUAAACACGUGCUAUGAAAGCUUAAGUUGCAAUUCCAACCACUUAAAAUUUAUGGACAAACUUUAUUUUCAACAGCACAUCACUAGAGUACAGUAUCACAUUAAUAUUGUCUUAUCUCCCUCUAGAAACUAAUGUUUAUUUCAGCACGGCAUUUAAAUAAUUUGGGGCUGGUUGUAACACCUGCAACCUUUCAAAAACCAAAUAAAGAUGCUGAAAUUUUAGGUAACUGGAUAAAAAUUAAGCACUACUAAGAGAAAAUCCAGUGAAAGGAUUCACAGGGUCCAGACAUUCCCUAAAAGCUCUUAUCAGAAAAAAUAUCUUUUAAGUAGUAUUAUUUAUUGACUAAUACAUCUAUGUUGAUUGUUACCACUGAGGGGAAAUAGCAUACAAAGAUUUACAUUGUGCUCUAAAAGUCUGGACCCAAUGUCUAGUAAUAAUAAUUCUUGCACCUACCCCUGACUAUCAUUUGUUUGUUAAUUUAUAGUUAAAGAAACACUGUAACAAGAUAUGGACAAACUGUUAUGUGUUUGCAAAAAAUGACGUGUUUUGUGCAGUUAAGUACUUAUAAGAGUCAGAGAUGCCAUUAAGACCUGUAACCCGUAAGACCUGUACGGCUGAGCUCACUUGAUGUUACAGGUCAUCAAAGUACAAUGCUAAGGUGGUACUAUAAAUUUUUGUGAGAUAUUACGGGUGAAUCUCCAUUUGCAAGGCUGCUUCCCCUGAGAGUAAUGAGACUGUUUAAGGAUAUACUUCACUGAAAUAAAAAGAAAGGAAGGCUCAAAACUCGAAAAUGUGAGGACAAAGUGCUCCAUCAUAAUUUCUUACUAGGAUGUGACAGUGUUCCUCUAACUAAAGUGCCUCUAAAGUGAAUCAAAACUUCUUAAAAAUAUUGAUAGACUGAAUGGCAAAGCCAGAAAACAUAACAUUGAAAGAGUCAAAAUUCAUAUGUUCAUUUCAAUAAAUAUAUUCUGCUUAAGGCUAACCAGUAAAUAAACAAUUCCAACAAUAAUUUUAAAAAUAUGAAUUCAAUAAAUUUUGUUUUCAAAUUUCUCCCAGUUCUCUUCCAAAUACGUAACGAAUUUAUCAACUAACACUUUAAUGUUUACAAUUCCAAAAUUAAAGGGGCUCUACUUUUAAACUAAUUUGCAAUAUAAUACAGUCAAUAUUCGGAAUAUUCCAGUAUUUCAUUACACUGCUAUUGUGUCUGCAGCUCAGGAGCAAGGCUCCUAGUAUGGUUAAUGCCAGACACAGAUAUUCCCGCCUGAUGGCAGCUGAGGUAGAAUAAUGCCUUUCGAGCACCAUACGCCACUAUAAAACUACCUCUAACAGAAUCUGGCAUAAUCACAAAAAAUAAUACUUUCAUAAAUUGGAAAUUCCAUCGAAGUUGAGUAAUUCCUCUGAUAUAAUUGGAGCUCCAACUUGAGCCAGAAAAAACUAUUCACACCUUUCAAACAUGUUAUCAGCUUCUAAACUGCUAUGAUUUAGUCAGUAUAAAACCUGGACUAUAGACUAUAAGCUGGAUAAAUGUAUGGACUGCAGACUGGGCACAAAAUGUGAACUUUGGACUAUGUUUUAGAAACCUUAGUAUGUAAUUAACAUAAAACAUGAGAUUACACAUUGCAGAAUCUGAAGACCUAUGUUAUUGCAUUCAGUUAUUUGUGGCCUUUUCCCUAUGAAUUGAUUACAGUAUUUCUAUUCACCAAGUUCCCCACUACUGACUGUGUCUUACUUGUUAUUCCUUGUCUAUUGCUUUAACAGCCAGUCCAUAGUCCGCAGUUCAUGAGUUAUGCUGUUCUGCAUCAUUAUCUAAAAAUAACUCUAUUUUAUACGUACGGAAGGUUGCCAUGGCAAUUUUGUAAUUUCACAUGUGAAAUUACAAAUUAACGCUGAAAUUUCGCGCCAAAAUUAAGGAGUAAUUCGUCACCUAUGAUAUUAACAAACUAUACGGGAGAAAGCACCUCUCUCCUCCACAGAGUUUCAAAGGGGCUUUUCAUUUUAGGAGUUUCUGUUGUCAGCAGUUCACAUUUUCACUCACUUUAAACAACCCUCCCCUUCUUGUGUAGCCUGCAUGGCAGGGACCUGCUACACAGGGUACUUUUGUGGUGGAAAGGGGCUGUGUCACAGCAGGCUAGUUCAUUUUCUUUAUAGUGCCAAUUACACCUCCUUAUUCACCACCGAGCUUGUGAGAAAUUACUUGUGAAUGAUGAAAUUGCACAACUUUUCUCAAACAAAAUGUCUCCCAAACAUUAUUUCAAAUGCUACAAACAACAAAAUGAUGCUAACAGGGGCCAAAGCGAUUGCAGCAAGAGCACAACCUCCCGGCAAAGACAAUGUUCAAUAAAUUUCUAAUUAACAAUGUUUAUUAAAGAAAAUAUAUUUAAGUAACAAAGCUCAAAGUACUGUUUGACACACGUUUACAAAAGAAAAAAAUUCCCAGACAGAAGGGGAGGCUGGCCACCCCCAAAUCCGCCCUCGCUUGUGGUUCCCACUGUUGACACAGCUCCUUUAAAUAACAUCUCAUCAAACCUCUAUGUAGGAGAGAGCUAGGAGAUUAAGUACACCUCACAAGCUUUCAUUAAUUUUAAUUUGAGUUAUCUCAUUUAAAGAUCUUAAACUCAAAUUCAAAUGCUACAACCACCUCACAUUUUGGACCAGUAUGUGUGUCAGGAAGACAUGUAAAUUAUUGGUGCAACAUUACAUAUCCUGUAAAUAGCUGGAAAUAACCUUGACUGAUUGUAUCCUUAAAUUACAUAAUUAUAA